AUGCACCUGUUUAACCCCAUCGACUCCCUCGACCCUUAUUUAUCACUCAGCCGUCGCCAAUCAGACUCAAACUCAAGCAGCGUCUGCGGCGGCGGCGGCGUAGGCACCGGCGUAAAGGAAUCCUUUACACAGGUCAAUGCCAACAUUCUGCUGACGAUGAGGAACCGUGAUAACCAGACUUGCGCGGGCGAGUAUGUCGUUGGGAACGGGUCUAACUCGCUACUGCAGCCCGACUACCCGUGUGUCGGACCGGAUUAUAUUGUCUGCUGUGUCGAAUGGGAAGAUAUGGUGAAUGUUACUUCUAAUUCAUCCCCGAGUACGGAUACGACGACAACAACAACAAGAACGACGACAACGAACUCACCUACACCUGGCCUCGAAACAGGAGCAGAUGGCAGUGGCAGUGGUGGUGGCGAUGGCGGACUGUCAGCGUCCCAGAAGGGAGGGAUAGCGGGGGGAAUAGUGGGUGCUGUUGCGGUUACAAGUAUUAUCUUCUUGCUGUUUUUACUCCUUCGAAGGAGAAGAAAGCAGCAGCAACACGGGCAGGAACAACCGGUGGUUGAAGAAAGCGAGGGACGAAGAUCUGAUUACACUGGAGAGGGGAAAGGAACGGAGAGGGAGACAAGUGGACAUAAUGUAGGUGGCGGAGAAAAUGAGAUAGGGGUUGCGAUGCUGGCGUCGAGGGAGAAAGCCGAGCUGGAUGCUUCCGGUCGGGCGCUGCAUGAGAUGGAGUCACCGACGGUAACGAAGAACAUAAAGGAGAUUGGUGGGUAUAGGGAAUUGGAUGGCACUCCGCUGGCAAUUGCUGAGCUGGCUGUUCCUGAGACUGGUCCUGAACAUGGACAAAAUGGACAGAAGGGGAAAACUGGGCACGAACAAGCGCCUUAA